AAGGCGACGGCCCUGCUGCCUCUCCAGCCAAGUGGCUGGAGUCGGGAGGCUGGAAAGAGACUCCGAGAAAGUACCAGCGGAAGGCGGCCGCCGCUACGGCGAUUCGCAGGGAGUAGCAGACGAAGACGGCGGCCGCCGCACUAGCCACCACGUGUGGAGGAUAAACGGCCUACACGGCCAUUCCGGCGCCGAGUCUAGGGAAAGAGUUAGCGACGACGGGGAAAGAAAAUGUGAAGAGAGCGACCGCCGCUCCAGGGUCGCUGCAGGAAGCCUAAGUGCAGACGCCGGCUUCUCCCGCAGUGACUUGAGAAGGGUCAGUGAAAACCUCGGCCACUGCCGCAGCGUCUCUAGGGAGAGAGUUAGGGGAGAUAGUGGCCACAGUCACAGCUGCUCUUGGGAGAGAGUUAGGGGAGACAGCACCUUCUGCAGCAGCGACGUGAAUUUUAGUGAAGUUGGAGGCCACCAAACUACCGACUCCAGGGGAACAGCCAGAGAAGACCGAGGCCUCCACCUCAGUGGUCCUUGGGAGGGAGUCAGUGACGUUCGGGACCCGCGAACUAGUGACUUCGGGGAUAGAGUCAGUGACGAUCGCAGUCGCCGCCUCAGUGGCUCCUGGGAGGGAGGGAGUGUCGAAGGCGGCCACAGCGUUGGUAGUUCUUGGGAGGAAGUAAGUGGAGACCGCGGCUACGCAGCCAGCGACUCCUCCGGUGUGAGCGGCAGUGAAGACGCCAGCUACCGCUUCAGUGGCUUUUGGGAGAGAGAAAGUGAAGACGAAGGUUUCCGCUGCAGCUUCUGGGAGAGAGCAAGAGAGGACCUUGGGCCCCGUUCUAGUGACGACGGAGAAGAGGGCCGCUGCCGCUGCAGUGGCUCGUGGGUGAGAGCAAGUGAAGACCGCCGCAGCAUCAGGGGCCUGGACUCAACUCCUCCCCAGAGUCGGAGGUGUUGCGCCAUGCCCGGGGUGGCCAAUUCAGGCCCCUCCACUUCCUCUAGGGAGACUGCAAACCCCUGUUCCAGGAAGAAGGUGCAUUUUGGCAGCAUACAUGAUGCAGUACGAGCUGGAGAUGUAAAGCAGCUUUCAGAAAUAGUGGUACGUGGAGCCAGCAUUAAUGAACUUGAUGUUCUCCAUAAGUUUACCCCUUUACAUUGGGCAGCACAUUCUGGAAGUUUGGAGUGUCUUCAUUGGCUGCUCUGGCAUGGAGCUGAUAUCACACACGUAACAACGAGAGGUUGGACAGCAUCUCACAUAGCUGCAAUCAGGGGUCAGGAUGCUUGUGUACAGGCUCUUAUAAUGAAUGGAGCAAAUCUGACAGCCCAGGAUGACCGGGGAUGCACUCCUUUACAUCUUGCUGCAACUCAUGGACAUUCUUUCACUUUACAAAUAAUGCUCCGAAGUGGAGUGGAUCCCAGUGUGACUGAUAAGAGAGAAUGGAGACCUGUGCAUUAUGCAGCUUUUCAUGGGCGGCUUGGCUGCUUGCAACUUCUUGUUAAAUGGGGUUGUAGCAUAGAAGAUGUGGACUACAAUGGAAACCUUCCAGUUCACUUAGCAGCCAUGGAAGGCCACCUUCACUGUUUCAAAUUCCUAGUCAGUAGAAUGAGCAGUGCGACGCAAGUUUUAAAAGCUUUCAAUGAUAAUGGAGAAAAUGUAUUGGAUUUGGCCCAGAGGUUCUUCAAGCAGAACAUUUUACAGUUUAUCCAGGGAGCUGAGUAUGAAGGAAAAGACCUAGAGGAUCAGGAAACUUUAGCAUUUCCAGGUCAUGUGGCUGCCUUUAAGGGUGAUUUGGGGAUGCUUAAGAAAUUAGUAGAAGAUGGAGUAAUCAAUAUUAAUGAGCGUGCUGAUAAUGGAUCAACUCCUAUGCAUAAAGCUGCUGGACAAGGCCACAUAGAGUGUUUGCAGUGGUUAAUUAAAAUGGGAGCAGACAGUAAUAUUACCAACAAAGCAGGGGAGAGACCCAGUGAUGUGGCAAAGAGGUUUGCCCAUUUGGCAGCAGUGAAGCUGUUAGAGGAGCUACAGAAAUAUGAUAUAGAUGAUGAAAAUGAAAUUGAUGAAAAUGAUGUGAAAUAUUUUAUAAGACAUGGUGUUGAGGGAAGCACUGAUGCCAAGGAUGAUUUAUGUCUGAGUGACUUGGAUAAAACAGAUGCCAGAAUGAGAGCUUACAAGAAAAUUGUAGAAUUGAGACACCUCCUGGAAAUUGCCGAGAGCAACUAUAAACACUUGGGAGGCAUAACAGAAGAAGAUUUAAAGCAGAAGAAAGAACAGCUUGAGUCUGAAAAGACCAUCAAAGAACUGCAGGGCCAGCUGGAGUAUGAACGACUACGUAGAGAAAAAUUAGAAUGUCAGCUUGAUGAAUAUCGAGCAGAAGUUGAUCAACUCAGGGAAACACUGGAAAAAAUUCAAGUCCCAAACUUUGUGGCUAUGGAAGACAGCGCUUCUUGUGAGUCAAACAAAGAGAAGAGGCGAGUAAAAAAAAAGGUUUCUUCUGGAGGGGUGUUUGUGAGAAGAUUUACAAUUGGGCAAGUCACUUUACCUAGGGCAGAGUGGAUAAGGGGAUGAAGAGUGACGACAGUGUUAUGCUGCUGGAGCUUCCUUCACAUGGAGGAAAGACGCAUUCCCUCUUAAUAUUUUAGAAUAUUUUAAAUCUUAACAAACCAGUAAUUUACUUGUUUAAUGUCUCUCUCCUUAAGACUGUCAAUUCAAUGAGAAUGAAACCAUGUUCAUCUCUGUGCACACAGGGACUAGCAUGCUGUUUGGCAUAUAGCAGGCAGUCAUAUUGGUUAACUGAACAAAUGCAGUAUACUUUGUUACAGUGGACUUUAAUAUAUAUGGUAACUUAUUAAUUGACCCAGUGGAAAUUAAUCUAUAAUAUACUAAGAACUCUCUUAGGCAAUAGAGAUAAAAAUGAAUCAGAAUGUAACAGGAUAAUGUCAAGGUUUUUCUUUUGAAAACAAACCAGCAGUUAGAUUUUUGAGGAAAAUAUAGUUGGAAAGCCUGACUCUCACUCACUGGACCAUAUGGACCAAUCUCUUGACUGCUCUAUACUGCAGAUUCCCUGUUUAUAGCUAAACAAAUGACAAGGCUAUUUUGAAUAAUGAUUGUCAAACUUUUAUAGCUAUUACCAAGGCAUUAUGAACUCAAAAUGUUUACUUUCUGGUCUUGUCUUCUUGAUCUGGGUAAGACUGAAGAACUAAGAUGAAAAGGAUAUUUUAAAAUUUCUUUGAAAUUACAUAUGAUUUACUAAUAGAUAUUACUUUGUAAGAAAAAAUAUAUCUAAUAACAAAACAAAAUACGAAUUUAAAUUUUCCUAUGAGUUUCUUGAGAGUAGGUACUAGAUAUCAAUAAAUGUUUGCUGAAUUGAA